AUGGUUGAAACCGUGCCUGCAUUAACCGAAGUAGAUCAGGUUAACUGCUCUUCUUCGUCUUACUCUGAAGCGGAAGGUGAUGACGAUGGAGAAGAUGAUAAAGAGUCACCUGGAAGCAGGAUUAGUCUGAGUCCUGGGUAUGCUAGAGAUGCAUCUGUUGAUGGCAUAAUAGCUGAUGAUGGUGAAAUUGAGGUUCCAAACAGUACUUAUGGUUGGGAUGAAGAAAUUGAAGAUGUACAAGUUGAGAACAGGGUGAAACUUAUUAAUGAAGAACGCGCAUUCCAUAGUGAAAUAUUUGUUGGUGGAGCGACAAAAGCGGAUCUGAUUCAUAUGCGAAAGGAAGAGGAGGAGAAGAAUGCUAAAGCCAAACAACGAAAAGCUGGUGUUAGUGUGGAAGAAGGCAACGUUGAUACUGAUAGAAAUGGUUGUUUUGAUAUUGAUUUCAAUGUGAUUGCGGAGUUAAUAUCUAGUAAAAUGAAAGAAGAAUUUAGUGUUUUGGGUUUGCAAGUUAAUUCUUGCAUUAAAAAAAUUGAAGUUUUGAAAAGCAAGCUUGAUUUUCUGAAGAUGGACAUUACCGACGGUCUAGAUACGAAGUUUGACCAGAUGCUAACCAUUAUGAAGGAGCAUAUAUCAAAUGUUGUCUCGGAUUUAUGUCAGAAGGGAACUAGUUUUGGUGGUCUUAGUGGUGACACCCCGGUGUUACCUUCUAGUGAAGCUUAUUUCUCACCUAAUGCCAAUAAUGUUGGGGAUAAUCCUGCUCCAGGGUUAGAUGAUCAAGAAAAUGAGGCUGACCGAGUUAUCAACUCUGUUAUCGAAGAAAUCCACAAUAGCAUGCAUGCCUCUACCACGGCUACAGAGGAUACGGUAGGGGUUGACAAUGGUGUUGCUGACAUCUCCCUUGGUGAUGUGGAGCUUGGAAAGAGCAACCUUAGUGUAGAGGGUCAAGGUGGUGCUAUGGAUGUUGAUUGUAAUGGGAAGAUGGAGACUGUUGUUGAGUGUGACCCUGUUGGAACUGUUAGUCAUGGAGAUAAGGGGGAUGUUGACUGUGUAACGGAGGCGGUUGAGGAACUAGCUCCUGAUUCUGGUGGGAUUUGCCGUAAGAGCAAAAGGCAGAAGACCAUUCCGCCGUCAUUGGUUGAUGAUUAUCAGUGUGACAUGCACAUUGUACAGUGA